AUGGCUUCGCCAGUUCCAGUUGAUACCCCAACUAUACCCAGCCAACGCGUUGUGGACGCUCUCGCUGCCAGAUUACGAAGGAGACAAGUAAUCGGUUCGCGCCAUGCUGCCCUCGAGACCGUGGUUGUAUUACGACAGGUGAUCGCUAGAGCGCGCUUUCAAAACAUACAACAACUUGUGGGCAUCAUCCGUAACGUUGGAAGGACUCUUGUACAGGCGCAGCCGAAAGAGCAUUCUGUUGGCAACAUCAUCCGCCGACUUCUGCAUCACGUACGCGAGGAGUACAAUAAUGCCAAGAAGAACGACGGGACUGUCAAACCACGAUCACUCACCAUCGCGAACUUCGUGCUGCAGGGUCAGCCGCGAAAGCAGACUGCGGCAACAAAAGCCGUGUCGAAUUUGGUGCUCAAGGAGAACGACCCGGAAGAUCCAGACUCGUUUGCAAAAACCCUGAAGCCUGUUCUCAUGGAGGCUAUCCAGGAUAUUCUCGACGAGUUGGACACGGUGUAUGAGAGCGUGGCGCGUAGUGCGAAGGACCACAUCCACUCAGACGAGAUUAUAUUGACAAUCGGAAUGUCGAAGACUGUGGAAAUGUAUCUCAAACAAGCCGCACACUACCACAAGUUCUCGGUGAUCGUCGCGGAGACUGGCCCCUCCUACGGCGGGCACGAAAUGGCCACUUCCCUAUCCUCAAUCGGCAUAUCCACUUUCCUUGUCCCCGACUCCUCCAUUUACGCCUUGAUGUCGCGCGUGAGCAAGAUCAUCAUUGGGGCUCAUGCAAUCCUUGCGAACGGCGGGAUGUUUGCGGUCUCGGGAUCUCUCAUGGCAGCGACUGCUGCGCAUGCACACAGUACACCGGUGGUCGUCUGUGCAGGCCAAUUCAAACUUACACCCCUAUGGAACUUGUAUCACGAGUAUGGGGCCUUGGACUUCGCCGACCCCAGCACCGUGCUUGGUUUUGACGAGGGCGAACUCGUGGAGAAGGUUGAUGUUGUGAAUCCAUAUUAUGAUUAUGUUCGACCGGAUCUCGUGGACGUCUACGUCACGAACGACGGAGAUCAUCCUCCACCGUCCAUAUACCGAUUGAUCAAAGAAUCGUACGACGAUGAAGACAAUGAGUUGUAG